ACCUCAAUAGGAUUUCUCUUGGUAGCAAACUUCCUCGCACGUCCUUUACAUCUUCCAAUUUGAUAUCGAUUUCUGCUUUCCCAGACAAUCAACAUUCCUUGUGAGGGCCUGCUUAAGUACAUAUCACCAACCCACCCACAAUAUGCCGCCUAAAAGAGGUUCUGAGCCAACGAGCUUAGACGAUCUGGAGAAGCCAGAAAAGAAGGCGAAACAUGAGAACCUAACUCUUGAGGCGGAGCUGUCCGAGCUCGCGGCCCUAUCUGAUGUCGUUGUGCGAUGCGGAAGCAAAGAAUGGAAUCUUCACGGGGCUGUUCUAGCGCGGGGAAGCCAAUGGUUCAAGAGAGCCUUGCUGUGCUGUUUCAAAGAAGGUAAAACCAGAGUCAUCAACAUCGAAGGGUGGAAUGAAGAGCAGGUUGGCAUCGUCAUUGAAUGCAUAUAUAGUGAUGGCGCCAAUUGGCAAAAGUUCCGAAAGUCUCAAACAUUCACGGGCCACUGCAUGGACGUGUUAGAUUUGGCCGACUAUUUCUUGAUACCUGAGCUAGGCGAAUCGUCAGAGAAGGCCUUUACGCGCAUGGUAUUCUCUAUGUUAGUUCAUUUCCAAAGACCUCGUCAACACCAAGAGGAACAAGACAAACAAGAUAACCGCGAAACCGAGGAGUUUCUAGCCAUCGUUAAGGAGGUAAAUCUACACGACGAUUCGCCGUCACGCAGGGCGUUUCAGCCUACUGCCUUGACGGCCCUGCAUUCUGCGCAGUAUCGGCUUACCGAGGGCAUUCUUGCUGCUUUCAUAGAUGAAAUGCCGUUAGUUGCUAUCGAUCUGCUGAAAUUCGGCCUCACCAAGCGUUCCCCUAGAACCUAUCCGGAUCGGUGCGAUAUAUGCUGUAAAUCAGUUGAGCAAAUUGGUCUUGGGUUCUCUAUCGUGGCCUUGGAACUUGUCUACGGAUCCCUCAAACUCAAAGGUGUCUGUUGCCGCUGCGACAAGAACUGUCAGAUGUACGGAGUUUCAGAUGAUUAGAUUUUGAUGACUGCAAUCAGAAUAUGAUGCGGAUAAGUCGGAUUGGUAAUGAUAAGCAGCCAAUUGGUUAUUUUAAAAAUAGUUUAGGCCUUUGUUACUUGAGUAUCUGACUAUUUCAACCGACGGGGUGUUUUUACGAGCUGAAUCAACAACACCCAUUCUAUCACACACCUCGGUAUCUACACCUGCAGUAUAACACUGGACAAGAUCACGACGCCGCGCUCCAGGAAUAGCGCUGGGAUCACUAGG